AUGUCUCUCAAACCAUUCUUGAUUGCCAUCAUUGGCUCAGCAGUCUCCCUACAACUGCUGAUUCUUGCCAACAUGAGCUACCUAUACGGCUCUGCCUAUCAAGAUGGCUCGCGAUUAAGCUCAGCGAAGGUGCUUUACGUGGACUACGACCAAGGGCCAAUAGGCGGGUCCGUCCCGAUAGCUUAUGAUGGAAUGAAAGGUGGCUCAGUCCCCACCCUCAUUCAACACACACAGCAAGACUAUCCAACGCAACAACACAUCCAAAAGGCCGUCUGCCGAGGCGAUUACUGGGGUGCCAUCUAUUCCAACGCAAAUGCCUCGUCCCAACUAUCAACUGCUCUUUCAAUACCGGGAGCAGCUGAGCAAUACGACAGUUCCCAAGCGCUGGUGUACAUUUGGAGCAGCACUCGCUAUCCCGCCUACUCGCAAAGCAUAUAUGCCGGCUUGGUUCAAAUGACCGAAGCCGCAGCUGCUGUAUACAAGCAGACAAAUGGCACAGACGUCCUUCCCCAUAUCAACACAUCGGACCAGUCCAUUGCGCGAACAAUACUCAACCCAGUCUCCGCCACUUCAAUGGACCUCCACCCAAUGCCGCAAGGUGUGCGCUUUUACCUCAAUACGGUCUCCAUGGUCAUGCCAAUCAUCAUUCAAUUUUUCUUCAUCAUGGCGCUCACGGGAAUUACGAUGCAACACAACCUCUUCAAGACUCUGUCACCAAAACAAAACAUUCUCCUCCGCUUCGGCAUCUCAGUCAUCUACACCUUCCUCGCAUCACUCGUAAUGGCAGGUUACAUCUGGGCCUUCCGCGAAAAUUGGCAGGUGACGGGUGGUCAAUUCGCCCUGACAUGGAUGGCCAUCUGGCUCACCAUGCACGUUCAUUUCCUGAUCAUCGACUUCGCGAUAUCAAUAGUGCCUAUGCCUUUUGCCCCUUUCUUUAUCCUGAGUUGGGUCAUUCUCAACGUGGCCAGUACGAUUGGGCCAUUUGAACAGUCUCCGGGUUUCUACCGGCUAGGAUAUGUUUUCCCCGCGCAUCAGCUUUAUGAGGUUCUGAUGGAUAUUUGGACUCAGGGCUGUAAUCCGCAUUUAUAUCGUGCCCUGCCUAUUCUCUUUUCGGAGUGGGUUGUCGGGAUUUGUUUGUUCCCAUUAGGGGUCCUGAUUAGGAUGGGUGUUAAUUUGAAGGUACUGUUUGGCGGAGGUAGCCGAACUGGCGAGGGCAGGUCAACUUGGGAGAAAGUAUGA